ACGAAAUUUGGUUGGUUAUAAACCUUUUUAAACGAUUUUCGCAAUAAAAGUUGAAGGCAUUAUGUAUGAAUAAAUGCAAAUCGAGUAUAGAUGCGGCAUUCAUCGUGUCAAAAAUUUCUUGUUAUAAUCUUCUUACGCUGUAACGUACGUCAUUUUAAAAGUUUCUAAUGCCUCAAGAAUGAGGAGUUAUACAGGGUGUACAUGUGACCUAAUUAACGAAAUUUGGUUGGGUAUAAACCUUAUUAAUUAUUCAUGAUUUUCGCAAUAAAAGUUGAUGACAUUAUGUAUGAAUAAUUGCAAAUUGAGUACAGAUGCGGCAAUCAUCGUGCCAAAAAUUUCUUGUUAUAAUCUUCUUACGCUGUAAUGUACGUCAUUUCAAAAGUGUCUAAGCCUUAAUAAUGAGGAGUUAUAUGUCUUAACGUGCAUGUUAUUAAGCAGGCGAUAUUAACGAACCUUAUUAUUCCCAAGAUAGGAUAUUCCGCGAGCUGUGUUGAGCAGUUUAAUAAUGGCAUUGCUACAUUCAUCCUUUACACGCAAUUUCCACUUCAGACGAUCCUUCAGAUUAUCUCGGUCGUUGACUAUUAAAGAAAAGCGUUUACCAUCCUUUUCCACGUCGUCAACCGACAAUAAAGUGUUGCCGUUUGCUGAUAUUCCAGGCCCCAGGGGAACAUUUCAAAAUAUUCCCGACUACGUGUCGAACAAAGGUGCGAUUCUUGAAGUUGCGGCAAAGCGCUUUGAAAGAUUUGGUCCGAUAUACAGCGAAAAACUACUAAGCGAACAAAAUGUGAAUAUUUGCGACGCUGAUGCGAUACAGAAGGUUUUAAGCAGUGAAAAAAAAUUUCAGAUGCGGCCCGGUUUCGAUGCCCUCGCUGAAAUCAUUGAGGGCGACAACGGCCUUGGGUUUGCAUCAAACGACUACGAAAUAUGGCAUCAGGACAGAUCGAGAAUAUCGCCAAAGUUGAUGCGCCCAAAGGAAAUCAUGGAAACAUUUCCAAUCCUAAAUACUGUAGCGAAUGACUUCACGAAGCGAUUAGAUCAACUUAGAAAGUCUGACGGCGUAGUAGACAAUAUUCACGAGGAGUUAACGUAUUUCAUGGUGGAAUCGUUUUCUUCGUUUCUGUUCAAUCGGCGUCUUGGUUUCUACAACCAUCCGCCAGAACCUGCAGCCGUCGCGUUUGUAAACGCAGCUCUGGAUAUGAUAUACAAUAUUGGGAUGCUCUUUUACACGUUUCCUUUAAACAAGUAUAUCAGAACUCCGCCGUACUAUCGGUUGAAGAAAAAUCUUGCCACAAUCCAUACACUGGGUAUGGACAUUAUAGACGAGGUAUUUGCAACGAAGCAGCAGGAGCGCGAAAAAGAGUUUAGCAACAAUCAAUCAGUGUUUGAGUAUCUUGUUGAAAACGGUAUGAAUACGCCGAAGAGUUUGGCGGCCAUGGCAGGAUUGUUAGCCGCCGGCGUUGAUACAACAAGCAUUACAAGUCUCUGGCUCUUGUACGAACUGUCCCGGAAUCCAGACUUCCAGGAUAAAGUUUAUCAAGAAAUUGCAUCUGCCGUUGGUCCAAACGCAGAAGUAUCAGCGAACAAUGUCCCGUCGCUUCUCAAAGCAGCUUUGAAGGAGUCGCAACGCAUGUAUCCAGUCGCAGGUUAUAUUGUUCCUCGCGUGUUUCCUAAAGACCUCGAGGUUCUCGGUUACAACAUCCCAGCUGGUGUGAAUGUUUUCUUGCACGAAUAUUUGCUGUCCCUCGACGAGCGUUAUUAUGGGCAAGACGCGAAGCAGUUCGUGCCCGAGCGAUGGCUGCGUGAUGAAACUGGGGAGAAGAAAGAAUUUCAUCCGUUUACCACAUUACCAUUCGGUUAUGGAGUGAGAAUGUGCGUUGGACGAAGAAUGGCCGUGUCAACUAUCUAUACUCUGGUAAGCAAAAUACUACUCCGUUAUCGUUUGGAAUACGCGGGGGAAACCGAGGCUAAUCCAACUGUACAUGCAGGGAUUAUGAAACCAGACGGAGUUGUCCUAAUGAAGUUCAUUCCAAGAGAAAUGAAGAUAAUUUAGUAAAUAGUCAUGCAAUCACGAUUUUUUUGUCUCUAAAUUAAUAUUUUCAUAUAAUUGCAUGUUUAGAUGAUUGGAUAAUCGAUUUCGUUGUUUUAAUUGGCGAUCAAAUUAGGAUAUAGUUUAAAUUAAUUAAUAGGCCAUAGAAGGUCGAUGUUUUAGCAUCUAAACUGUAAUUCAUUGAAUUUGUAUGGACUAUAUUGUAUUAAAAUCGUACAGCAUGUUCUGCUUGAAGAACUAUAACCUUGAAAGAAACAUUUCAGUUAUGAGCAUUAUUUUUCUGUGCACUGAACGAGUGAGUGAGUGAGGGCGGAUCUAGGAUUUUUCAAAUCACAAUAAAAGUCCAGAUUGAGAAAAUUUUUCAA